AUGAUUUGUUCUUCAAUAAUUUUGCUUAUUUUUGUCACAAUUCCGCCACUGACAGAAGCAGUUCUUGAUCCCCAUUACUACGAUAAAACAUGCCCACAAGCUGAAGAUAUUGUCUCCCAAAUAGUUCGAAAUGCUUCAACUUUUGACCCUAAAGGAUGUGAUGCAUCUGUAUUGCUGGAUUCAACCCCAGAAAACAAAGCAGAAAAAGAUGGGCCUCCAAAUAUCUCCCUCAGAGCAUUUUAUGUGAUCGAUGACGCCAAAACCAUGCUUGAAAAGGCUUGUCCUCAUACAGUUUCAUGUGCUGAUAUAUUAGCCAUUGCUGCAAGAGACGUUGUCACUCUGUCUGGAGGUCCCUCUUGGGAAGUACUAAAUGGAAGAAAAGAUGGAAGAAUCUCAAGAGCAAAUGAAACCAUAAAUUUACCAGCCCCAUCGUUCAACACAUCUCAACUCAUUCAAAGUUUUUCCAAAAGAGGCCUUUCCAUUAAAGAUUUGGUUGCACUUUCUGGUGGACACACACUAGGGUUUUCUCAUUGUUCUUCCUUCGAAGCUAGGCUUCACAAUUUCAGUUCAGUGCACGACACUGAUCCGAGCUUGAACGUCGAGUUUGCAGAGAGCUUGAAGAGAAAAUGCCCGAAACCGAACCAUGAUAAAAAUGCGGGACAGUUCUUGGAUUCAUCUGCAUCAACUUUUGAUAAUGGUUAUUACAAGCAAAUUCUUGCAGGGAAAGGCGUGUUUGCAUCAGAUCAAUCACUAUAUGGUGAUUUCAGGACAAGAUGGAUUGUUGAAUCGUUUGCAAGUGAUGAAAGUUUGUUGUUUAGUGAAUUUGCGGCUUCUAUGGUGAAACUUGGAAAUGUUGGAGAGAAAGAAAUAGUUAUGGGAAAAGAGUGGCUGAAUUGGGUUGGCGGAGGCGGAGGCGGAGGCGGAGGCGGUAGCGGAGUUAGUGGUGUUGGUGAGAGGAAUAGGUCCACUAGGAGAAGAAGAAUGGUCGGUGAAGUGAAAGAAGCAACUUCUGGCUGCAUGUGUGCAGUUUUUCAGCUCUUUGAUUUACAUCAUUUUCAGUUUCCUUUGAAUCAGCAGCCUGAAUAUUUCCAUCAAGAAGAAGACACCACCACAUCCAAAGGAGUGGAAGCACCAAGAAACAGUUUGGAGUUAGAGGAGCCUGCCAUGAAAGCUGCUUCAUUUUCCUUGGAGGAUAAAAAAUUGAAAAUCCCAGCUCCAAUUCAAAUCAAAUCAAGACUAAGCGACUCUAUUUCAGAAUCCAACACCAUCAAUUCACCAGGAACAAAAACUCCAAAUUUAGUAGCUAGACUCAUGGGUCUUGAUCUUCUUCCAGAAUGUGGCUCACCUGCAUUUUCUUCUUCAUCAAGUUUGAAUCCUUCGAAAACAAAAUCCCAUUUGCAUUCAAGAAAUCUGAUUCAAAGCAGAUCAAGAAGCAGUAGAAUUAGUUAUUCUGAUGAUGAUAUUAGCAUCAAUGGUGCUCGUUCGUUGCCUGAAACUCCAAGAAUUUCUUCAGCUAGAAGAUCAGAUGUGGAUCAUCAUCACAGGCUAUCUUUGCAAAUCAACAAAGAAAAUAUUGGUCAAGAUUAUGAAUAUUCUGCAGUCAAGAAAAUUGCUACAAGGAGAGGAAUUGUUCAAGAAAAUGAUCAAAAUAGGAGUCCAGGCAAUUAUGCUAAGCAGAUUGUGAAGCAAGUUAAAGAAAGUUUUAAUAGAAAAGUUGGCCUGCAGGAUAUCACCAACACAAUCAAGAACAAAGAGCAAAGAAGGGAUGAAAAUCUUCUUAGAAAACCAUCCAAAGUUUUAACAAAAAUCGAUGAAGAACUUGUUCAUCAGGAAAAGAAAUUGACACCAAACAGCAAAAAUCAAACUUCUCUGUCUCCAAAACUUGCUAUUUCAUCAUUAACAUCAAAUCAAAAGCCUCAAGUUCCAUUGCAACACCAGAAGAAUUUCAAUCAGAAACGCAAGGAAGUUGCAAGUUCAAAAAUCAAGAAAGCUCCACAAGUUUCCGAUUCUAUAAGGAACAAGAAAGAGGAGGCAUUUGUUCGGUCAACGUUAACAUCAAAUAAAGUCAACCUUGGAGAUAAGAAAUCCAAGAAAACUCCAUUCUCAAAUGAGCUUCCAAACAUCAAUGUUCCAACCUUGUUGCCAGUCAAGAGAGACCCUUCUCCCCCAGCCACAAAGUUACCCCAAAAACAGUCACAGGUAUCAGAUUCUCAUGCAUUGAAAAGGAGCACACAGUUAUCUUGUUGUUCGAGCCAUUCGUACAAACAAGAAACGAUAUUCACCAUCCAAGAAAACACCCAACAAGUCAAAACUAAAGAGCCUAUCACCUCCGGCGAGUACAGACAGUACAUUCAAAGAAUACUUAAACGAAUUGGGAUCACAGACAAACCCACGCCAGUAAUUUCCCUAUACAAAUUGAAUUCACCUUCUCGCCCCCUACUCGACCCCUCAAUUUUCAACUUUCUUGAACUCUUCCACCCCUACACCACCGCUGCCACCACCACCGUGUUGAGCGACCGCUGCAACAGAAAGCUCAUUUUCCAACUAGUGAAUGAACUUUUAGCAGAAAUUGUAAGACCCGACAAUUGUAUCGUCACAUGGGCUACUCCCAAACUUUCUGGUUCAGAAUUGAUUGACAAAUUAUGCAUGAAAAUACAAAGCUUUCCUGCAGCAAAUUGCCAGGUUCUUGGGGAUAUAGAUGCGCUGAUAGGUACAGAGUUUUCUAAGUCUCAACUUGGAGGAUCACGUGCGUUUUUCGAAGAAGAAGGUGAAGGGAUAGUGAGGGAGAUUGAACGUGAAAUUGUGGAUUCCUUAGUGCAUGAAACCAUUGCAGAUUACAGUGUCCGUGCAGUAGGCAGGAACAAGUCUGAUAAGAACCACGUGGUAAGAUUCUAUUCGUUGCCUUUUGGCGGCCCACGUGUAAGCGGUCUGGGAUUUGUGUAA